GUGGUGUUGGCGUGUUGCUUCCAGGAGAGUCUCCCAUUUGACGCUUUAUAGAGAUUUUCGAGCAGAGAAGAAGCGCGACGAUCGAUCGAUCGAUAGGUUUAGCUAGAGCAAUGGCACCAUACCUUCCCGAGAGUGGGAUGAAGGUAGGCUACAGCGUCGACGACGAGAGGGAAGCGGCGCAGCAGCUGGAUCCGAGCUUGCCCUUGCUGCAAGACGCGGAUCUUAGGGACAAGAUUGUGCUUCUUCGCGUCGAUCACAACGUUGUCAAGAAAGGGAGAGUCCAGGACCAGUACAGGAUCGAUGUUACUCUGGCGACUAUGUAUAACAUUGUGGAACGCGGAGGAAGGCCGAUUAUCAUGACUCACAUUGGAAGGCCUUUGGACAAAAAGACUAAAGCUAUCACCGUGAACAAGGACGAUGCUGUGGAUGCCGUGGUUGCCUACUUGCAACGGAAGCUCCGUAUCAAGUUCGUGGUUCCGGAGUUCCACAUAACCGAGCCCGAAGGAAUCGUGGAUAUCGACACUUCCGUGAACUGGUUGAUCCACGACUUGAAGGAGGGAAAGAUUGGAGGGAUUUAUCUCCCAAACACUCGUUGGUUUGCUGGCGAGGAAGAUAAAGGAGACAAGCGUGAAAGAUUCGUGAUCCAGCUUGCUGGUCUUGCGGAUGUUUAUGUCAAUGACGCGUUUGGUUCGUGGCAGCCUCAUGCUUCCACAUAUCAGAUUACAAAGCUACUUCCAUCGUAUGCUGGCCUUUGCCUACAGGAUGAACUCUUCAACGUAAAACUAGUGCUCAAUCCAGCAAGACCCUUCGUCGCUGUGGUGGCGGGUGCAAAGUAUGACACAAAGAUCGGGCCCCUCAAGGAAAUAUACAAGAAGGUCGACAAGCUCAUCUUGGGAGGUUUAAUAUUCAACACAUUCCUGUGUGCAAAGUAUGGCUUGAAGAUUGCUGGGGUGGAGGAAUCGGACAUUGAGCUCGCCAGAGAACUGGUGGAACAGGACAAGAACGAGAAGAAAAUCGUUGAGCUGCCUUACGUUGUUGAGUCGGACGUUACGGAUGGUCGCCACGAGGGAAAGUUUCGUACCAUCUCGAUCAAGGAUUCCGGCUCAAAAGAGUUCAAGUACGUGGUCGAUGUGGAUCCAAAGUCCUUUGAGGAAGGCCCGGUUCUGGAGGCGCUAACCUCCGCAAAGACGAUCUUCGUCAAUGCGGUCAUGGGGCUCGUCCCUCACUUCUGGCAGGGAACCCGCAAGAUGGACGAGGUGAUUGAUCGCAACCGAGAUGCGCAAAAGUUUUUUGGAGGAGGAGACACCUUACAGGUCUUCAAGCGCUUGCUUCCGGGGAUUUACCACGAAGCCAUGGACAGUCCGAAGUACUAUCUCUUCACUGGCGGAGGAACAGUGCUCAAAGUGCUCGAAGAGGGCGAUCCAUUUGGCUUGGAUAUCGUGAAAGCUCUCGUGGAGAACAAGCGACAGCGAGCGUAGAAGAAUGUAUCGCUUUAACCGAUAGAAAAUAAAAAUAAAACAAAGCAUUCAUGUAAAAA